CUCGAGUUUCGUAUAAAUACGACUUCCAUCUGCUCAUUUCUUCACAAGUCUGACUCGUUCGAAACGUAAGUUAGGAAAUCGCCGAUUGUUGCAACAUACAGCUCGGAUCCUAAGCAUUUGGAUAUUUCUUAUUUCGAGACUUGCAAAAUAGAAAAGGUAGACAACAUGAAGAUUGCUAUAAUUGCCAUCAUUGCUUUAUUGGGAGGUGUUUUCGGACAAGAUGUGGAGGAUGCGGAUUCAGGUAUUAGUGUUAAAACUGACUGGCCACAAAAUGAAGACUCAAACGCUGGUGCACUCGUCGAAUUUGCUGUUUCCGAUGUUGGAGAUGGUAGCUGCACGGCUGAUCUUCCAGGUCCAGUCAAUCUUUUCCAUGUAACGAACGGCCAUAUUGUCCCAGGAGACAGCAGCCCCAUUGAAGGCACUUACAAAAUUGCCGCCCCAGCUGAUUGGGAAGCCAUCAAUGAAACUAUAACUGUCCUCAUUAUUUUCAACCGGGACGAAAUUUUCAAUAUUACCGAUAUCGGUUUUACAUGUGACCAAUCCGAUGUACAAGACUUAUCUGUCUACUCCUUCCCCCAAAACGACCUUGUAAAAGAAGCCAGCUCCAAUGUUUUCAAAAGAACCGGAUACCACGAGGGAGAUGUACUUACCAUCACUCUUCCAGUAGCAGUUGCCAGAUUUAACAUUACUGGUGGAGACAGCGAACUAGUUGUUGACGGAGACGGUACGACAUACACAGUUUCGGGAUUCAAGAAUGAAGAAGGCAUUGAUGAUCACACCGAGGUCCACUUCAGUAUUGAUUACUCUUCCGAACCAGACUCCUGGUUUGCUGCGGGAGAUAUCACUGUUUCAGUCACCCAAGAAGAAGAAUCCGAAGAAAGCCCAGAUGAGGCCUAAGCCGUUUUUAAAGCAUUAUUCGUAAUAUAUAAGAUCGUUUGGACAAUGGAAAUAAUCACAUUAUCAAUCUUUUAAUAAAUGUAGUUUUUGUAAUAAAAUAAUCAUCAGUAAACAGGCUCAUCUGAAAUUGAACAAAAUGAAACAAAUUAGAUUUUAAAUAUUUAUAUUUUUCCUUCCAGUUAUUAUUUCUAUCCGAUAAAAAGGUUGAGGUAUUCCCUGUAGUUAAAUCAUUACAGCCAUACUUAGGCCAAUGUAUUCUUUAAUUCUAUUUGUUUGUAAAUUUUUUGAAUCGUGCUUUAUGUUUCAAACCUAGUUUAUCAUAAUUCGUAAUACUCAAAUCGUAAAACUUAUCAGAUAUGGUAAUUACAAUACAUUCAAUUAUAAUCGAAAAGACUCUCAGUCUCUGUUUUGGUUUUCACUGCCAAGAAAAUAUGGUAAUAAAUUGACUAUAAAGUAUUUGUGCCGGUGUUUUAUCGUUAUCUGUUUGCAAUAAGCAAGAUUUCGACUUUUAUACACGAAUAAAGAGCACCAGUUAAAA